AUGAAAUCGAAGACCGCGGAGGAUCGGAAAGUAAAGCAAAGUGAGUUUAUUCCUCCUGAUGGUGGAUGGGGAUGGAUGAUAAUUUUCGCUGCGGGAUUUUCAAAUCUGUCUGCCCUGCCAAUUCUCCAACAAUUUGGUCUCCUUUUCCGUGAGAAGUUCGCCCAGCUUGGCAUCACUAGUGCGGAGACCACAACAAUUAUCAACAUGAACUCGGCGCUGACAUCUUGCGUCGGAUUGGCCAAUGGUCCAGUUUUCAAAACGUUCAGCUAUCGACAAGUGUCACUCACUGGUGCAAUAGUUGUCUUCACUGCUCUUCUAUUUACUACCUUCUCCUACAAUUUUACAACGUACCUUAUAAGCUUCUCUAUAUUGUAUGGUGCAGGCUAUGGAAUAAGCAGUUCCGCAAAUGCGCUAGCUCUAAAUACAUAUUGGAAGAGUAGAAGACGAUUGGCCACAGGACUAUCAUGGACUACUACUGGUCUUGGACCCAUGCUGUGGCCUCACAUUAUAACUGCUUUAUUCGCUUACUUCGGCGAAACCGGCACUGUUUUGCUAUUAAGCGGAUUCUCCUUACACGCAAUUGCAUGUGCUCUACUCCUACAACCUGUACAAUGGCAUGCGAAAUCACCGACUUCGAACCAAGAUGAAGAAUUUAUAUCAAACCAACCUACAACACAAUUAAUUGACGAAAAGAAGGGUGAGAGUGGUUACUUCAGUCAGGUGUCUAAAUUAAAAAGCCUUAGCGUGUUUUCCAGCCAAUAUCUAUAUAAUGAAGAUGACCCUGUCAAUACGGGGUAUGAAAUUACCGAUCCUGGUAUUCCUAUGAUGACCCGGGCAAAUGAUGGAUAUUUCAGCCAAUCUAGACAAUCGAGAAUAUCUUCGCGCGACGCAUCUGCUAAAGCAUCACUUCUUAACUCAAAAAAGCCGUCCAUGUCAAAUCUAUUGGAGAAUAGAUCGCGAAAGUCCUCAACAUUUUACUUAAACGAAUCCAAGAAAAACUCGUCAGCGAACUUAGGUCUGCUCAAUCAAGAGGUGAAACCGCCCACUAAGACAAAACGACAAACCUCUGUUAAUGUAAACUUACAAAUCCCAGAAUCUGAAAUCGAGGACUGUCCAACAUUAAAAGCUCCACAGGACCUUAAAGCUGAAGAAAAAGCGGCCGUUGAGAGUAUUGACCCAGAAAAAGCUAAAUAUAUCGCAGACCGAGCUGAAAAACAUUAUGCUGGAACCAAAAGCAUCAAAUCUUUCAAAAUGGAUGGUCAAUACGGUGAGAACUACAGUAAAAAUAACCACAGCAACAUUUCGUUUAAAAAUCAAGAUGAUAUUGAAGAAAGAAAAUAUUUAAAGGACAAUCAUAGCAAUCAAUCGAACAAAUCAAAAACAAGACGCAAGUCUAACAACUUUGCUUAUGAAAGCGAAGUUUUAAAACAAGCUUCGUUAAAAUUGGAGCAGUACCUCAAGGAAGUUGAGGACGAUAGUGAGAAAUAUACAAUAUUAAUCGAUAAUGAAACAAAUGACGAAGAAAAUGUUGAUGAAGAACUAACGUUCUGGCAAAAGCUUUCAUUGUUCUUUGAUUUGGAUCUUUUGAAAGAUUUAACGUUUAUCAACCUAAUGCUGGGGAUAACUCUAGCAAAUUUCAAUGAAUUGAACUUCUCGAUACUCACACCUUUUAUUCUUGGCGAUUAUGGGCUAACGAAAUCUCAGAUUGCAUUGUUUAUGUCACUUCUUGCAGGAAUCGAUAUUUGCGUUAGGUUUUGCAUUCCCUUUGUAGCUGGAAAGAUUGGUUGGGAUAAUAACUCCUUCUUCUUAUUCGGAGUUAUGUCUAUGGCAAUGGGAAGAGUUGUACUAGCCUAUUGCCAAGAGUACAAGGUGGUUCUCCUAGUAGCUGUUAUAAUUGGCUUUGGUAAAGGUUUGAGGACAGUGUUCAUGGCUCUAGUGAUACCAACUCAUGUGCCGCUACAUAAACUACCAGGAGCGACUGGUAUACAGCUUUUGACCGCAGGAAUUGUUUAUCUGACUUUGGGACCUGUUGUUGGUUGGAUCAAAGACAACACGACAACUGCAGUGACAUUGCACUGUUUGAAUAUAUUUACUUGGCUCACUGCCAUCUCUUGGGGCUUGGAGAAAUACAUCACACGCAAACACACAGACAAAGAAAUACAAUCGUGA